CAAUUUUUGCUUCACCAACAAGUGGCAAUAGAGCUUUGGUGGUCACCAUGACAAUUGAAUUUGAAACAAAAGAGAGAGAGAAAACUCAUGUGUAUUAUGUAAACUCUCCUGGCUCCAAUGCUGCAGAAGAGAAAUUGGAAGGAUUAGAUGAUCUCGUCGAUGCUGCUGUCGAAGUGAUUGAAGAUCAGGAAGGUCUUUACAAAUCGAUAAUGGAUAAUAAUCUGAAUGAUCAAAAUAGAGAUUCAAAUGGCGAUGCCAGAGCUGAUCAUGAUUCGGACCAAAGCAGCAGCACUAGAACUUCCUCAGGAUCUGUGAAUAUUAGCAUGCAAUUAGCAACUGACGAAGCUAUAGCUAGGCAAAUGCAGGAGUUAGAGAAUUUGCAUAUUCUUACAUCUUCCAACGAAUUCACAGAUAUGAACACUGUCGAGCCUUCCGUAGAGACUGGUGAAUCCAGUGGUACCAACAACGUGAGGGAGGUCGCGCAACAAGAUGACAUAGAUCCAGAUAGUAUGACAUAUGAGCAACUGCAAUCUUUAGAGGAAGCUGUUGGUAGUGAAAACAGAGGGUUAUCUGAUGAGCUUAUCUCAUAUUUGCCUUCAUCGAAGUACAAAUGUGGCUUCUUCUCGAGAAAAGGGAAACACGAAGAGUGUGUGAUCUGUAAGGAAACCUACAAGAACCGAGAAGAGUUGAUAACCUUGCCAUGCCAACAUUCUUUCCAUGCAGCUUGCAUUCGCAGGUGGUUGAAGAUUGACAAGAAAUGUCCUGUGUGCAAAGAGGAGGUAUUUGGGCCUUAGUAGAAUCAUCGACAGAUCCGAGAAUGGUCAGCAUGAUUCGGCGCACUCUACAUCACCUGUAAGCAAAAUUCUGUGCCGACUUCGUCUGAGAAUUAGCGAAGUGCGACGCUCAAAGAGAUUUUCGGAUUAUCAUCUUUCUGGUUUGGAUUGUUUAGUUUGGUGAAUUGAAAGAGUCAGUACUGGUACAUUGUGCUUGCAUUUUAUCUUGCGCAUUUGCUUUGUAAAAACAGCCUUGUAUUUUCCAAGGGACUAAUUAAUAAGUAUGGUUGUGUAUUAAUGCAUAUUUUGCUUAA